UCUUUUAUUCAGCUUUAAUGGCAGUCACGGAAGUCAUAUCAGCUAAACUGAAAGAAUCAUUCUCUCCCACGCACUUGGAAGUGGUAGAUGAGAGUGAUGGUUGUGGAGCUAAGAUUUCAGUUAUAAUUAUAUCAGAGGAGUUUUCAGGCAAGAACAUGCUGAAGCGACACAAAGCUGUUCACGCAGUGUUGAAAGAUGAGCUGCCCAACAUCCACGCCUUUUCUCAGAAAACCCACACCCCUGCUGAGUGGGCUAAGAAACAGCAGCAGAGCUGACACAGCUAACUUUUAGUACAAUCUCUCUCAAUAAUAUCUCUUAAUCCUGAUUUGGGUCGAGUUAAGUCGUGAGGAAGGCGAGCAGGGAACGUUCUAGAUCACGGAUAACUGACAUUCUUAAUUAGAAAAUGUCUACUCAGUAAUCAUGUCGCCACUGUUACAAAUUUUGCAGUUUUAGGGUUUACCAGUAAUAUUAUACUGUAGAUCCAGAGCACUGGCUAACCUGAUUAAUGACUUCUUUGCUAACUUACUCUGUUUUUAUUUUCUUCCCAUAUUUAUUGGUUUCGAUAAUUUGUUUUGAAAA